AUGGAACUCAGGCUCCUCUGUGGUGUGGCCUUUUGUUUCCUGGGAGUAAGUUUCAUGGAUGCUGAAGUAACCCAAGUCCCAAGACAUCUGAUAAAAAGAAAGGGAGAGAAAGUUUCGAUGGAAUGUUCACAGGAUAUGGACCAUGAAAGAAUGUUCUGGUAUCGACAAGACCCAGCUAUGGGGCUGCAGCUGCUCCACUUCUCAUAUGGGGUUGACAGUUAUGAGAAAGGAGAUUUCCCCGAUGGGUACAGUGUCUCCAGGAAGAAGAAGGAGGGCUUCUCCCUGAUCCUGGGGUCUGCCAGCACCAACCAGACAUCUGUGUACUUCUGUGCCAGCAGUAUAUCCACAGCGCUGCACAACCACAUCCUCUCUGCACAAAAAGGGCAUGUGCCAGAGGGAAGUGACCUUAACUCUGGGCUGAGUUACACUGGCUACUUAGAACAAAGGUAG